UUCAUUUAGCUGAUUGCGGUCGACUAGGGCCUCGCUUAAGUUGGUUUUGUAGGCGGGGCGCCUACUGCCCAGAACGGGCCAGGAACUUGAUUGCGUGCUACAAAUCUUUACUGGUCGCAGAUUGUACUGUACCUGCUAGCCGUGAGCAACGCCGUGACCUCUGGGCGGGAAACCCAGUUGAAUUACGCGCCCAAUACCAGUCUUUAGGAAGUCCACCGCGCUGUUUCCGCCUCGUGGGAGUGCCGAUGGAUAGCUCGACGGCAAAAAUGAAGCAGAGGCCAAUCAGCGCAUUCUUUGGGGCAGGGAAGGCCAAGGAUGCCGACAAGGGCGCCACGCAGGCAAAAAUCAGCGCCUUCUUCGGCAAUAAGACGCCUGGCGCAGCCGCAGCCAAGCCCGAGGGCGGUGCCACCCCAGCUCCCGCGCCCGUGCCCGCCCCCGGCGACAAGCCAACACCCCCGCCCGCUGCCGCCAACGCCUCGGGCGCUGCUCCCACGCGCGGGGACACGCCUGCUGCCGCCCCGGCCGCCGCGCCCACGCCCGCACCCGCUCCUGCGCCCGCGGCUGCCGCGGCCGCGGCCACGGCCGCGCCUGCCAAGACGCCCGCCGGCGGCAGCACCAGCAAGCCGGCCAAGGGCGGCGCCAAGGGUGCCGCCAAGGCCAAGGCCGGGAAGGAUGUUGGCAACAGCACCAGCAAGGCCGCAAAGGGCAAGAAGGCAGCCGGGGGAUCUAAGGCGGCGGCCGCCAGCCGCAAGCGGCUGCGGCGAGUGGUGAUGGACGAGGAGGCCGGUGACGACGGCGCGGCGGCGGGUCUGGAGGACAACUUGGAGGACGAGUCGGACACCGACAAGGGCGACGACAGCGACUAUGAGGCGGAGGGCAGCGGCAGCGAUGAGGAGUCCUCGGCCGACGAGGAGCAAGACAGCGACGGCGGCAGUGACGGUGACGACGAUGGAGCUGAGGACGAGAGCGAGUGCGACGACAACGCUGGCGUAGGCAAGAAGCGCAAGCGCGGCAGCAAUGCCAAGGCCGCGGCGCCCGCCGCCAAGCGCACCCCCGCACCAGCCAAGUCCAAGCCCGCCGCUGCCGCGGCCGCUGCCACGCCCGCCGCCGCACGCACGCCUGCUGCCGUGUCUGCUGGCAUGAAUGCCGCAACGCCGGCCCACGGCACAGCCUCAAAGGGCCCUGCGUCCGCGACCGCGGGUGGCCGCACGGCCACCGCCACACCCGGGACGGUGGCGCUGGGCUCGGCUGGGCGCAGCGGCGGUCUGGGCGGCGGCCGGAGCGCUGCCGCCACUCCCAACACGGGCGGCGGCGCCCACACGCCCUCCUCCUCCGUGCGCAGCCUGCGCAGCGGCAUGUCCGACUGCGCCACGGAUGUGUCUGUGCCCGAGGUGACGCUGGGUGUGGCCGCCAGCAUGGACGGCGACGCGGCGCGCUUUGCGGAGCGUAUGGCCAGCCGCUUCCCCUUCCUGCACCCCGACCGCAUCCGGGACGCCGCCAAGCGCCGCCCCGACGAUCCCGAGUACGACCCCCGCACCCUGCACAUCCCCGACACCUGGUUCAAGGAUGCCAAGGUGAGCGAGGCCCAGCAGCAGUGGUGGAAUCUCAAGGCCGCAAACUUCGACUCGGUGCUGCUGUUCAAGGUCGGCAAGUUCUACGAGAUGUUUGAGAUGGACGCGUACGUGGGCGUGGAUGUGCUGGGUCUGGCCUUUAUGAAGGGCGAGCAGCCGCACGCGGGCUUCCCCGAGGUCAAGUACGCGGACAUGGCGGAGGGACUGGCGCGGGCCGGGUACCGCGUGGUGGUGGUGGAGCAGACCGAGACGCCCGAGAUGCUGGCCAAGCGCAACGAGGAGCGCAAGAAGCGGGGCAUGAAGACGUGCAACGUGGUGGACCGCCAGAAGGUGGCGGUGCUGUCCCGCGGCACACUGGUGGACGCGGCCAUGGUCGCCAGCAGGCCGGACGCGGCCUACGUGCUGGCGGUGUACGAAAUGGAGGAGCCCGCCCCCGCUGCCGCUGCCGCCGCCGCCGCCUCUGCUGACGGCAGCUCGGUCUCGCCUGCGGGUGCGGGUGUGCGCAUCGGACUGUGCGCCGUGGACUGCGCCUCGGGCCAGGUGCUGCUGGGCGAGUUUGUGGACGACGACGUGCGCUCCUGCCUGCGCACCCAGCUCACAGCGCUGCAGCCGCAGGAGCUGGUGCUGCCCGCCGUGCCUCUGAGCUCCGUGACGCAGACGGUGCUGCGCAACGGACUGCGCAACCCACAGCGCAACCUGCUCAAGGGCAAGCGCGGCGAGUGGAGCGCAGACAAGACCUACAGGAUGCUGCGCGACCGGGACUACUUCACCGCCAGUGCCGCCCACCCCGAGCCGGGCAGCGGCAGCGGCGGCAGUGGGGCCUACGGAACCGAGGACGACCCCUGGGCCGGAGCCAGCGGCGGCGGCGCUGGCGACGCCAUGGAUGUGGACGGCGGCGCCGCCGCCGCUGCGGGCGCUGGCGGAGGCGCUGCCGCUGUGGGCGCCGCCGCUGCGGGCGCGGGCGGCACGGGGCAGCCGCCAGAGCUGGACCCCUCCAAGCGCUGGCCGGCGCUGCUGCGGCGCUUCGUGGCGGAGGGGGUGGCUGCGCGCCCCGCGGCCAUGGCGGCGCUGGGGGGAGCCAUCGUGUUCCUCACGGAGGCGCUGCUGGACCGGGCGGUGCUGCCGCUGGGCCGCUUCGAGGAGCUGCCCGCGCUGGUGCCCUCAGCCGCCGCCUCGGGCGCUGCUGCUGGCGCGGACGGCGAGGGGGCUGCUGACGCGGACGCCGAGGGCGGUCUGCCGGCCUACAUGGGCCUCAACGGCGCGGCGCUGGAGAACCUGGAAAUCCUGGAGAACGCCGAGGGAGGCAGCGCGGGCACGCUGCUGUCUGUGCUGGACCACUGCACGACCCCCUUUGGUCGCCGCCGGCUGCGGCAGUGGCUGUGCCGGCCGCUGUGCCGCUGCGGCGACAUCCGGCUGCGGCAGGACGCGGUGGCGGCGCUGAUGGAGGGGGCGCUGGCGGAGGCGGCGGGGCAGGCACGCAAGCUGCUGGCGGGCGUGUCCGACCUGGAGCGCGCCAUCACCCGGCUGCACGCCAGCACGGUGGAGGGCGGCAGCGGCCGGGACGCGGCGAACGUGGUGCUGUACGAGGACGCAGCCAAACGGAAGGUUGCCGCGCUGACGGGCGCGCUGAAGGACCUGCGCUCCGCCCACACCGCACUGGGCAAGCUGCGUGACGCCCUCGCCCGAGCCGGCGGCGGCGAAGGCGGCGGCAGUAUGCUGCUGCGCCGCAUUGUGGUCGACCGUGAGUGGGAUGAAGUGGGCGCCUGGGUGCCUGCCGAGUCGCUGACCCUGUCGCCCGUGGACUCCCUGUUUGUGCGCAUGGGCGCGCGCGACUCCAUCAUGACCGGCCAGUCCACCUUCUUCAUAGAGCUGGCGGAGACGGCGGCCAUGCUGGCCAGGGCCACGCCCGACUCGCUGGUUGUCCUGGACGAGCUGGGUCGCGGCACCGCCACCCUGGACGGCGCGGCGGUGGCGGGCGCCGUGCUGGCACACCUGGCGGGCGCCGUGGGCUGCCGCGGGCUGUUCGCCACUCACUACCACCACCUGUCGGACGAGCACGCACAGGACUCCCGGGUGGCGGUGAUGCACAUGGCGUGUGCGGUGGAGGGCGCGGAGGAGCCGGAGGCCGCACCGGCGGGCAAGGGCGCAGAGGCCCAGGGCGGCGACGAGGUCACGUUCCUGUACCGCCUCUCGCCGGGCGCCUGCCCCAAGAGCUACGGCACCAACGUGGCCCGACUGGCAGGACUGCCGCCGUCCGUGGUGGCGCGCGCAGCCCAGGUGUCCGCCACCUGGGACCGCGAGCGCGGCAGCCAGGCCGGCGGCGGUGCUGGUGGGGAGCUGGGUCGGCUGUUGGCGAGCGUGGCGGCAUGUGUGGGCGGCGGGCCCCAGGCGGAGGGCGCCAUGCAGGUGGACGUGGAGGUGGAGGUGGAUGUCGAGAAGCUGCAGCAGCUGCAGGCGGCAGCGGCGGCGUUAGUGGCGAGCGCCUGAGGUGCUGGGGCGCGUGUGGCAUGUGCCGUGUGGCGUGUGGCGCCCGGCUGCUGAUUGGUGGUGCAGUCGAGGAAGUUGUGGUGAAGUGGCGGCAUGCCGUAAUGUAGUGUAGUGUAGGACCCCAUGGAUAAUCCUUGGCUUGGAUGGGUGCAGAGCAUACCGUAGCUGUUGGCAGUCCCCGCGCAACCGCGGAGGCCUGUUGCACGUUUGCACUGGGGGUAGGCCUAAUUGAGGCAGUAGCAAAUCAGGAGUCGGCUAGAGGCAUUGCGGUAGGUCACAUGAGUACAUGACGCAUCCAUGGGUGAGCUCGCGGUUUAGGCAGGAGUUGCGUUGGCAGGCUGAACAGGCACAAACGGAUUAGAGAGCUUCAGGGAAGGACUGAGACGGGCACAUCAUGGCUGGGCGUACGGUAUCGUUUCCCCGACUGAUGCAGUGGACUGAUCAGCCAUUCACAUAUCACUCCAGGUCUCCAGCCAACGGUUUGCCCUUGAUGGAAGCCCACGGCUGGAUACCGCCGUGCGCUAGGCUAGGGCGCGACAACAUAUGACGCAGGGGUGUAUCUGGGCGUCCCACCUGAAGCAUUGGUUGAAGCUUCAAGUUGUCACAAUCAGCAGGAAUCAGCACGGACCAGGAGCUACCGUAUUCAAACGUAAAUAAAUAAAACAAACCACACAGAAAGACAGCAUUUGAGACCUCGAUGCGAUGGGGAAUGCGGCCUUCAGAGCGACACACGAAACCCUGGGCCCUGCACUUCUCACCCCCUGCAACUGAACCACCUCCCGCUCAAA